CAGUCUUGCUCUUCUACUUGGAUAGAUAGCCUAUAUGCAGGACCAGACUGAACCGAGAAAGGUCAAAAUCGGCUCUCAACAAGAAAGAAAAGACGACCAAUAAGUUUUCAAACCCAUUUACAAGUCCAGCUAAAGUUGCACAAUUUGCACCCUCAUAUUAUUCAUUGCCUAAAACUCUGGUCCUGUCCACCUCUGAUUUCUCUAGUCAGCGCUUCCGUACCGUGUGUUUUUUUUUCCAGAUCUUGUUCUUCUCUUGUUCAAAGAUUUGUGUAUCUAUGGGGUUUCUGAUGAGCUGAAGGUUUGAGACUGCAAAAGAGGACUUGUUCUUUUUCCUCAAAUCUCUUUUGGGUUCCCACUAGAAUUGUUGCGAGUGUUCUAUGGUGUUCUGUAUUGGGUCUCUGCGAUUUUCGAUAUUAGACUAUUUGAGUGGAAUCAAAAGUAUUGAUUUUUGGGUUGUGCCAGCAAAGAGGGUGGUUGUGUUUUGAUUUGGUGAUUUGAGGAAAUAGGGAGGCUUUGGUUCAAUUGCCAAAUUUGUUUGGGAGUGUAGGGUUACUGGGUUUGUGUCAGAGUUUGUUAGUUCAUUUUGGCCAUGGGGGAUUGUAAAGCUGGAAACCCUGAAGUGGAGGUUGGGGAGGACUUGAUUGUUGCAGCCAAAAGCAUAGCGAGGGCGUUGGGUUCGAAGAAGAACCUUACAAACGGUGAGAGGAAGAUUUUGGCUGAUCUUGGCACCAAAUUGUCUUCCCUGAUGACUAAUAGGAGCACAUUGAAUGAGAUACAGGUGGAGGACUUUGGUGACAUUGAAGUUCGCCUUACUUCGAUUCAGGAUAAGGUCUUGGGGUGGGAGGCGGAUCAGACUAUGAUAUGGGAUUCGAGCGCAAAUGAGGCGAAUGAGUACUUGAACACGGUGGAGGAGGCUCACCAGCUGAUUGAAAGUUUGGAGAGUUUGUGUCUGAGUAAAGAUGAUGAAAAGUAUGAGCUGUUACACAAGGCGAAUGAUGUUCUUCAAACGGCGAUGAUUAGGCUGGAGGAUGAGUUCAGGUACAUGCUUGUUCAGAACAGGCAGCCGUGUGCACCGGAGCACAUGUCUUUUCGUUCAUGCGAAGAGGAUGCUGUGGAUGAGAACUCAUUGAUGUCUUUUGGGGAUGACUCAAUUGAGGACUCAUUUCAAAGGGAUAGUGUUAGCCGAGCCUCUGAGGAUUCCAUCAUUGACUUGGUUCGCCCGGAAGUUAUUCCUGACCUCAGGAGCAUUGCAAAUAUGAUGUUCAAUUGCAACUAUGAUCAGGAAUGUACCCAAGCUUAUACCAACCUCCGAAGGGAUGCCUUGGAUGAGUGUCUCUCAUAUCUAGAAAUUCAGAAACUGAGCAUUGAGGAUGUGCGGAAGAUGGAGUGGGUUUCUUUGAAUUCCAAAAUCAGAAGAUGGGUCUGGGUUAUGAAGAUUUUCGUGCGGAUUUAUCUGGCUAGCGAGAAGUGGCUCAGUGAACAGAUUUUUGAGGAGCUUGGACCUGUUCGGCUAGAUUGUUUUGUUGAGGCAUCAAAGGCUUCAAUACUGCAGCUUCUCAAUUUCGCCGAAGCCAUGUCUAUCGGCCCUCACCAGCCAGAAAAGUUGGUUCGCAUUCUUGACAUGUAUGAGGUGCUAGCGGAUGUUCUUCCCGAUAUAGAUGCUUUAUACUUUGGUGAGGCUGGUUCUUCUGUAAGCAUGGAGUGUCAUGAUGUCCUGCUGAGAUUGGGUGAUUCUGUGAAGGCAACAGUUAUUGAAUUUGAGAAUGCCAUUGCAUCAAACCCUUCCACUAACCCUGUUUCAGGUGGGGGUAUACACCCGCUGACUAGAUAUGUGAUGAAUUACAUGAGGACUCUUACAGACUAUGGUCAGACCCUUGAUCUGCUUCUCAAGGACUGCGAUGAAGGCGAUCCCAUUUCGUUGUCUCCUGACACUAGUCCAACUAAAGAAGAGGAGAACAAAAGCACUGAUUCUUCAGGCAGAAAAUCCCCAAUGGCUCACCAGUUCCUAUCAUUUGCUUCAAGUCUGGAAGCCAAUCUUGAUGAGAAGUCAAAGUUAUAUAAGGAUGCUUCUUUGCAACACGUCUUUUUGAUGAACAAUAUACAUUACAUGGCUCAGAAGGUUAAAGGGGCAGAAUUGAGGCUUAUCUUUGGAGAUGAUUGGAUUAGAAAGCACAACAGGAAAUUUCAACAGCAUGCGAUGAGCUACCAGAGAGCUAGUUGGAGUUACAUCCUUUCUUUGCUAAAAGAGGAGGGCAUACAAAAUCCUGGGUCAAAUUCUAUCUCAAAAAGCCUUCUCAAGGAAAGGCUCCGCAGCUUUUAUCUUACUUUCGAGGAGAUAUACAAGGUCCAGUCGGCAUGGCUCAUUCCGGAUCCUCAGCUUCGAGAAGACUUGCAAAUCUCGACAUCCCUUAAUGUGAUCCAAGCUUACAGGACAUUUGUGGGAAGACACUCCAAUGACAUAAGUGACAAGCUCAUCAAGUACAGUGCUGAUGACAUGGAGAAUUACCUCAUGGAUCUCUUUGAAGGUUCCUCAAAAUUAUUACAAAAUUCCAGCCGGAGGUGACAUCAUCAUGAAUAAGAACUGGUAUGUUACUUACAGCAGAGGAAUGAUUUUAUUCUAUGUUCCACUCUACUAAUGUAUGCUUGAUUAAUCAACAGUUUAAUGGGUUCUUUUUCUCAGUAGUUUCUUCUGUGCAAUGUAAUAUGAUGAAAAUGUUCACUUUGUGAUCUCUGUACUCAAUGUGAUACUACAUAAUGGAUGCUGCAAUGUUUAUAUUAAA